AUGGCAUCUAAUCGCGGCGAGGCUUCGUCCAUGAAGCAGCCGGCGAAUACUGAAGAUCUGAUGGCACUUGCCAAGUCAGCGCUUGCGGAGACGGAGGAGAAGCAACUCGCCGCUCUAGAUGGUGGUGCGCAACUGCCUUUUGGUUAUGGCUCACAGCCCGGCGACACUCUCGAUCUAAGCGACAAGGGUGUGCGAGUGUUGCCCACCGAACUAAUCAAUCUGAUUAGAGAUCGUGUGGAAAGGCUGUCGCUUGGACACAACAGACUUACUGAGAUACCUGCGGACCUCAUCUUUUGUUCAAAUCUGCUUUAUCUAAACCUUCGACACAACAAGCUCAAUGCGUUUCCGGAGCCGGUCUUCCAUCUACGAAAACUUCAGAUCCUGGACCUUAGCCACAACAACAUCGCCUCGGUUCCGGAUGAUGUCGGACUCAUGUACUCGCUGAUGUUCUUGGCCAUUGAGUCGAACCAAAUCAAACGUUUGCCUCUCUGCAUGGGUGAGAUGUCGCGGUUGCAGAAGCUGAAGGUUGGAUCCAAGUCGAUGGAGUUUCCUCCACCGGAAGUGUUCGUUCCCAACCCCCUCGGCACGUCACCAGGUGGACCUCCGGUAGAGGAAGCUCGUCAGAUUUGCUCGCAAGUCAAACUGUUUCUUCGUGAAUACAAACAACGCGAAAUUCUCGGCCGGGAGACGCCAGACUUGAGCGAGACCAGCUUGGAGACUCCACGUCCUCCCAAGAGGUCAAUUUCGGGCAGGUUUCCUGUGCGACCGAGCAUGAGUGGCAUCGAUGGACUUGACAAUCUGAGGUCGGGAGAUGGACAUGGACAUGGCUUGAAGCCGCCACCGCCAAUUCCGCAAAGGUCGCGUGCCAGAGACUCACUGAUCAAUCCUCCGAUCGGCCGCCGAUUCGAUCGUCCAGGUAUUGGACCCCUUGCUGCAGAAGGUGAGAACGGCAGAAGUCGUAGCGAGACUGUGUCCUCCACUGGCACGCGAUCCAAACGACUUGGGUACGUUCCGCGCAAGAUCUCUGGCAGUUCGACUACAACAGUGACAGACACUGGUACGCUCAAGGCGCACCAUUACAGGGGCACUUCAAGCUUGAGUCUCGCUGGUCAUAGCGGCAACGAGUCCUCCUCCGGAGCUGUCAGUCCUAUGGAACCUUCCAACCGCAUGCCAGUCGCUCGCCGCCGCCUAUCCAGUUUGCCGGAAGAUCGCCGAGUAUCGAGACCAACUAGCAUGACAGUCAAACUUGCAACCAGAAUCGUGUUCGCCCUGUUUCAAUUGAAUGGUCCCAUCGGCGAUGCGGUGCGAAUCAUUAAGAGUGGAACGCCCAGAAAGACAACGAUGGAGAGAGUCUUCUUCGAAGCAAGUGCGAAUCUGGAAGAGCUUGACAGACGGUUGAGUCAAGUAUCGGCUGGCACCGGAGAGAGCAGAGCAUCCGAGAACGACCCCUGGAUUCAGGCCAUUCGUAGAAAGUGCGCCCACGUCCUUCACAGCUACGCCGCACUGGCUGCAGAGCUCCGUCUUCAUGCCCGCAAAAUUGCACUGCGCGGCGAAGGCAUGUACAUUAGAAGUCUCAUGCUUCAUAUCUAUGGCGCUUUGCUUGAGAUUCGCAAUACUCUGACUUUCCAGGCGACAGAGGUCAAAGUACCAUCAAGAAGCGGUCGCGGGUCCGUGGCAACUAUCAGCCGAUCCAGUACACCGACUCAGCCUAAGCCGAUCGCACCGAAGAAGAGGCUCAGAGGUGCAACCAUUUUACAGCCUUCACGAUUGACAACGCCUGGAACAGCCCCACCACCGGUUCCUCUCAGCACAAGUCGGACCAACACUAUGACAAGCAUGAGCGCCGUCACGCCACGAUCUGGCGAGUCUUUCUCCUCUGCCUCUGGUCUUCCACGAUCUGGUGCAUUGCAACCGCCGGUCGAGGAGAGCGAAGAGCAGCGCCAGUUCGAAUCAAUAUUCUUGAAGCUUCAACACGCAUGCGAUCUUGCUGCCCAAACUCUGCCGAGUUGUCGGGUUGAUUUCUACAGCCGAAAGGAAUCGGCCAAACGAUCAAUGCAAGCAACAAUAUCGCGUCUCUGGACGAUCGCUCUGUCCAAGUGUGACGUUGCGAUUCACGCUCUAGAGUCGAUGAGCAACCGGCUGUCGAAAGUGAAGCUCAAAGAUCCUAAUUUGCGCACUCAGAGAGAUUUCUGGCAACUAUGCGAUAAGUUUGUGAGAACAUGGCUGGAUCUCGCUCUUGAGAUCAAGAACAUCGGAGGUCAAGGCUACGACACUGACUCCGUGAAGGUGAUCAUGCGACCAGUACAGAAGGCAGUCAAGGAAGUCAGCAUUGCUGUCAACGGGUCGCAGCUGUACCAAGCAGCACUUCGGUCGAACUCGGUGUCUGGGUACGUGACGCCAGUACCCGCAACGCCUCUGAGUGCAGCACUUGGACCAGCAGCACUGGCGACAGUCCCUUUGACACCAAGCUCAACAGUCUUGCCGUCCGAGUACAUUGCAUCAGGUCUGCAAAGCGCGGCUGAGAGGCAGUCGGACGCGCCUAGUCUACGCAGUUACCCACGUGGAAGAGGAGCAUGA